AUGCAUGAGCCGCUGAUUGACUUGGAGAUGCAAGCCGUACAAGAUGGCGAUGGAGCACUUGACGAGUAUGGAGGUUGGUCAUACGUUCAAGACAUCGUCGUCAAUACUAGUGUCUUAGCUGCCAGCUCCGUCUACUUCAGAAGGAUGCUGACGUCCGGCCUGCAGGAGAGUCUAUCAAAUGACCGAUUAAUAGAACUGAAGCUUUUUUCACACGAAGCGCCAUUCUUCAACGCCCUCAUCGAAUUUAUGCACAGCCAAGAGAUCCCGCCGACCAUACGCUCUGACAAGGAGUCCCUCUGCUGGCUCUUGAUCCUGGCGGAUCGCAUCGAGACGCCAGCGUGCAUUCGGAAGUGCGUCGAACAUCUGAUGGCAACCCCCGUGUGUCUUGCCGACGUAGUGAUGUGCGUCAAUCUUCCAGAGACGGUGAAGAGACAUCCGUCAGUCCGGGUGUUAAUGGACGCCGUGUGCAAGUACGCAUGCUGGUCCUUUGAGGACCUGGCCGCGGCGGAGAGUAUUCACACUAUGGAUGAGCGCAGCCUGAAGAAAAUCAUCGCUAGCCCGAGUUAUGGUAGGCAUUGGAGCAAAGACGACAUAGAAACGCUUUUUGCAGUAUGCGUUGAGUGGUUUCGUCAUGGAAGCGAGAACCGCUGGGAAGCUUUCUCGGCCCUUGUGCUUUCGUUCGAAGUCUGGCGUUUGCAGCGCUCCUUCAUCAGAGAAAUCUGCCCGGAGAUUUGCACCAACAAAGGCCAGGCACUCCUGGAAAAGAUCGAGGCGGGAUAUCCUUGGCGCAUGAAAGAGACGAAAGCUGCGGGGAUCCAGUCAGUUGACCCGGAUCAACUCGGAAUUCUGAGGAUCAAUCACCACGGUAAGCGAUACCCAACGAAGAGUGCUCGUCCAGCUGCCUUCUUUCAGUGA